AAAAGCUCUAAGUCUGAGCUUUUCUGUUUUCACGUUAAUCCACGUAGACAAGUUUUUAAAUGGAGCCACAGACAAUUCCGGUGUAAUUCUAUCCACACUACCAGCAACAACGAAAAAGGUGAACAAGCGAGCAGCUAUCUUGCUUUUGGGUACAGGUGGAACUAUUCCAGCUCACAGAGAAGAGCACAUGGAAACAGCGUGUUCCAUACAUGAACCGAUCACUCUUCAUCCAUUUGCAUUUCGAACACAUACCCAUAAACUUGGAAAAGUAGUAGCAGGUUAUGUGAUAAGACAAAAUGGAAGUUGGGAACGUAUUGGGAAACAUGACCCGUUAAAACCACAGAUGUUUUACCCCGUCAAUAAAGACAUGUCUAUUUUUCAAGGAGAUAUUGUAGCCGCUCGUUGUACGAUGAACAACUUCAGAGACAUCACCACCCGAAUAGGAUCUACAGGGAAGGACGAAAUGUGCAACUUUUAUAUGAUGUAUUACGUGGACGGAGAUCGCAUAUUGAAAGACAAAUUCUGCUUUUCGGCCGGUCCACCAAUGUACCGUUGGCAAUACGACCUAUCUAUAGGCCAUAUUCCGCCAGAAAUUGAUUCCGAUGCUAGUACUCUUGAUGUAGAAUGAUUUCAUUUUAUUAUUGUCUUUGUGUGUUUUCAGUUGUUAUAAAGUUAUUCUUUCAAAUUA